AUAUUUUUGUUAUUAUUAAAUAACAUUGUAUUUUGUCUAUGUUACAUAAAUAACAUAGAAUACGUAUCAACUGUCAGUUGGAGUUUAUGGUUACCGAAAUUGACAUUUUAGUUCUUUCAAAAAAUUGUAAUCAUGGCGCGUGUACCACCGCCUGCACUCAAGAGGGACAAGAAAGAGAAGAAGCCCCCUAAAGAUAACUCCAAAAAUGUUAUGCGAAACUUGCAUAUCAGGAAAUUAUGCUUGAACAUCUGUGUUGGUGAAUCUGGUGACAGAUUGACACGUGCUGCUAAGGUGUUGGAACAGUUGACCGGCCAACAACCCGUCUUCUCCAAGGCCCGCUACACUGUUAGGUCUUUUGGUAUUCGUCGUAAUGAAAAGAUUGCUGUCCACUGCACUGUGAGAGGUGCCAAAGCUGAGGAAAUCCUCGAAAGAGGAUUGAAAGUCAGAGAAUACGAGUUGAGACGUGACAACUUCUCAGCCACUGGCAACUUUGGUUUUGGUAUCCAAGAACACAUUGAUCUUGGUAUCAAAUAUGAUCCAUCCAUUGGUAUCUAUGGUUUGGACUUCUACGUCGUCCUCGGAAGACCAGGAUUCAAUGUAGCACACAGAAGACGUAAGACUGGCAAGGUUGGUUUCCCUCACCGUUUGACAAAGGAGGAUGCCAUGAAGUGGUUCCAACAGAAAUAUGAUGGUAUCAUCCUAAACAGCAAAAAGUAAAAUAAGUAAUAAAAGUUUAUAAAUACAUA